UGCAGAAGGCAGUAAUGGCGGCGUAGCUAGGGGAGAACCGGUAGCCUGAACUAGCUUACAAGAUUCACUGCGACUUUAAUCUGGAAGUAAUGGUCAAGUCUAUAGAUAAGAGUUGCGAGAGUUUUCAGACAGGCAGAGGCAUUCAUGGAUGUAGUUGACUCCUUUACCUGUUUAAUUCCCAGUGAUCAGUUGGAUGACUCCUUGUUGCUUGGCCAGAACUUGGAAUGUGAAGCAAGUGAUGAGUUUGGAUCAGGUCACAAAAGACCAGGCGACUCGUUAAAGAACAUGCUCAGUGACAAAGACCCUAUGUUCGGGUCUGCCAGCACUCAGUUCCAUCUGCUGGACAAUGAUGAGUCUAACUUUGCCAUCUUAACAGGUCACAACAUGAGUGCGUCAGGACGUGGCCGUGGUGUCUCCAGGGGUCAGUCGGUCGGCCGCAGGAUGUUACGGGGUGGCAGGAGAGGCUCAAGGGGCGGCAGGGGAGCGAGUGGUGCUCCCAAGAACGCUUCGAGCCCAGCAGAGCAAGGAGGCGGCAGAGGUUCAGGGCGAGGCGUGCGGGGCAGGCGCACGGGCCCGGGCAGGAGAGGGGUCAGCAUGAGGAGGGCAGGAAGAGGCCGAGGCAGAGCGGCGGGGAGGAGCCCACCAGGGUCUUCCUCCUCCUCUGACGACGAUUCCCCGCGGCGGCGUAAGCGUGAGCUGCUUCUGAGCCGACGGUACGACGCGAACAGCGUCCCCCCGUCCAUGAGCCCCGUCGUGGUGCUGAGGCGCCUGACCGUCACCGUCGGCGGCUUCCGCAUCGAGCUGCUCCCGGGGCCUUCCCACCUGGCCGGCGUGGCGAGCCUCACCGUGGAGCAGGGUGCGCACGAGGGACUGGUGUGCGUGGACGGCAUGGGCGUCAGCGUGAACGCAGAGGACAUUAUGACCGCCGACAGCUCCGUGGUGGUCGAAGCCGUCCGAGACCGAGACCCACGCAGAGCUGCCCAGCAGAAGAAGGUGAUCGCGGUCUCCGGAGGAGGCGAUGCGGCGAUGGACCUCGGGCCGUACGUGAACCCUAACGAAGUCCAAAACACCAACGGUGCUCUGUUGCCGAAACCGGCCGCAAAGGUUUCUGCUUCGCUGGUCCCUAAAGCAGCCAGUGACCAAAAUGACCCUCCAAAGGCCAAGAGCAGCAAGAUGCAGGGGAAGAACAACGUGGCACUGCCGGACUCACCCACCAAGAAUUUAAAAUCAAAGGAGGCCUUGUCCUCCCCCAAGCCCAAGCCAACGGUACCUGGGAAACCCGCUACUGCCAGAAAGGGCCUAAACCAUCCCCACCUGAAGAAGGUGCCGCCGCGACGCAUGCUGAAGAACCCUGCGGACUUGAAGCGAAAGCUGCAGAACAAUGUAGCAUUGAAGCGGCCUGGAGAGCCGAUCAAGGCUGCUGGUGGGCCUGUGCCUAAAGUGCAGAAGAUCCGGCAGGAAACCUCCGCCAAGCAACCCGCCAAGCCAGGUGCACCCAGACCUGAAAUCAGCAAGCUGCAGCAGGCGCCAAGGCCACAGGGACCAAGGCCGCAGCCCCCACCCUCUCACCCCCCCUCUCACCCUCCCUCUCAUCCUCCCUCUCACCCCGGCGCCCAGCAGAGCCCCCACAAGCAGGCCGGCCCCCCCCAGAGGAAGCCUCCCCCCCCGCAGAGCCCCUCGCCGGUCAAGAAGCCGGAGCAGGGCGCGCUGAAGGAGCUGGCGGAGAACGAGGAGCAGGAGCGGGAGCGCGAGCGCGAGCGCCACCGGCAGCGCAAGGAGAAGGUGCUGCAGAAGCAGCGCAGCCGCAGCGCGCGCAGCGUCUCCGUGGACGAGCCCGAGCUCUUCAUCCCCGACAACGCCCCGCCCUCCUCCGGCAGGAAGGAGGAGACCGUGGAGGAGGAGCCCGUCGCCGCCGCCGACGAGGAGGGGGCGGCGCAGUGGGAUCCCAGCAAGCACUGCGGCCUCUGCAAGAAAGCCCACAGCAACAGGUUCAUGGUCGGGUGUGGGCGCUGUGACGACUGGUUCCAUGGCGACUGCGUGGGCCUGGACCUGGACAAAGUCCAGCAGAUGGAGCAGGAGGACCAGGAGUACGUGUGCCUGCGCUGCUGUGAAGACGAGGACACCACCCGCGCCGAGCCGGGCGCCUCCGACCCCGUCGCCAAAGACCACGCGCCCAAGACCGACGCCCAGCAGCAGCAGCAGCAGCCCUCCAGACACAAGCAGGGCCAAGGGGUCACCACCGGGGGAGUCCGGCCCUUCAGAAAGGAUUCCACUUCAGAAAGGAGGCCGUCAUCAGAAUCAAAAGAUUCUACAUACAGAAGUGGAUCAACUGUGAAGUCAGAGAAACAUAAAGCUAAAGUGUCAUCUGUGAGCAUGAAGCAACCAUCCACAGACCAAAUCCGACGGAAUGUCCGGCACACUCUGAAGGAUAUCCUUUUGAGCAGAUUGAAAGAUUCUGACCUGAAAAUCUCUUCAGAGAAGGUGGCUGAGGUGGCCAAGAAAACAGAAAAAGAACUCUACUCAUUUUUUCAAGGCACAGAUAGCAAAUACAAAAGCAAAUACAGAAGCCUAACUUUCAACCUGAAGGACACCAAAAACAAUGUACUAUUUAAACGUGUUCUUCAAGGAGAAAUCUCUCCAGGAGACCUCAUUCGUAUGAGCCCUGAAGAAUUGGCCUCUAAAGAAUUGGCUGCUUGGAGACAAAGGGAAAAUAGACAUGCUAUAGAAAUGAUCGAAAAAGAACAGCGGGAGGCAGAGAGGCGGCCCAUCACUAAAAUCACCCACAAAGGAGAGAUCGAGAUUGAGAACCAGGAGCCCAUGAAAGCCCCCGAUGUCAUAGAACUAGAGCCUGAGCCAGUCCCAAAACCUCAAGAAGAGCCUGAGGAGAAGCCCCAGGUGGCAGAGCCGGAGUCCCCUAAAGACGUCAAAGACACCACCAGCCUGCACAAGUCCCACCUCUUUGAUCUCAACUGCAAGAUAUGCACUGGGCGAAUGGUUCCCCCUGUGGAGGAGCCGGUCACUAAGGUGGUUAAAGUAGCCACCACCGUUACGAAACGUCCAUCCACUUUGGAAGUCGAAGCUGCCCCCACACCUUCAUCAGGGAUAACCGACGAGCUUGACGCUUUAGAGGGCAGCCUUAUGACAUCCGGAAUCUUCUCCAGCUUUGAAGGACGAUCUGAAAGUCUGAGUAGCAAGGAAGAUCCAGCAGCAUUUCUUGCCAACUUGGAAUGCCUGUGGAAUGGUUAUGUGGAUAUGGCUGCGGUGGCCAAGCUGUUAACUAAAGCCUAUCCAGUCUCGGGAUCUUUGGACAAUUUAACUGAGGAUCUACCAGAGAACAUUCAAGUUGGUGGAAGGAUCUCGCCACAAAUAGUGUGGGACUAUGUUGAAAAAAUCCGGGCCUCUGGAACAAAAGAACUGUGUGUGAUUCGCUUCGCCCCGGAGACAGAAGAAGACGAGAUAUCAUACACGUUACUUUACGCUUACUUCAGCAGUCGCCGGAGAUAUGGAGUGGUUGCCAAUAACCGAAAGCUCGUUAAAGACAUGUAUCUCAUUCCGUUGGGUGCAACGGAAAAAAUUCCACAUCAUAUUGUACCUUUUGAUGGUCCAGGAUUAGAAUCCAAUCGUCCAAAUCUUUUGCUGGGACUUCUUAUCAGACAGCGGCCUAAGAGGGACUAUGGUGCUAUACUUCCCAUGCCUGCAAGUAGCCCUGCAGGUGUCUUACCUGAGACUGAAAAAACAGCUGAUCUAGUCGCAAAACCAGCAAAGGUUCUGCAGGUGGAAAAUGACUUCAUCAGCUCUUUGAAAGUUCCAUCAGUGAAGGAGGCUACACCACAUAAGCCAUCAGAGACCGAUGAUCCAUUGGGGACAGACCCUAUAGAAACUGAGGACUCAGCCACAGACCUUGGUCUGCUGGAUUCAUCUAAACCACUUCGAUUCCUCCCUGGGGUACUCCAAUCUGCGUCAGCCAAGGCAAGCAAGUCGACGGUGGCUGAGGAUGAGGCGAGCCAAGCGCAGAUCACCACAGGGCAUCAGGCCUUCCAGAGUGGUGCCGGAAGUCAGGGUGGCUCGGUCAAACCCACCACACCCACCACCCCUGUAAGUCUGAAUCGGUUUAUUAUAAAGAAGAAGGACGCUAAAACUGUCAAAAUGGAAGCAGGUCCAUCCAGUGAGACGGUAAAAUCUGUUACAGAUUCCAAAACAGUGAAAUUGGAGGCAGAUCCAUCUAGUCAAUCUGACACGUCAGUCACUGAUUCUAAAUCAGUCAAGACAGAUGCAAGUCCAUCCAUUAAAAUGGAAAAAUCGGUCAUAGAUUCACAAUCGGCCAAGACUGAUGCAAGUCCAUCCAUUAAAAUGGAAAAAUCGGUCACAGAUUCACAAUCGGCCAAGACUGAUGCAAGUCCAUCCGUUAAAACAGAAAAAUCUGUCACAGAUUCACAAUCGGCCAAGACUGAUGCAAGUUCAUCCGUUAAGACUGAAAAAUCUGAUACUGAUUCCAAGUCAAGAUUCCAGGCCAAGACAGAGACAGGUCAAUCCAGCAGCACUGUGGAAUCUGAGACCAUAUCAGCUAAAAUCUUGGGAGGUCCAUCAAGUGACACUGAGAAGUCUGUCCUGGAUAACGUAAUAGGAAAACAGAAAAGUGAUGUGCCAAGCAGCACAUUGCUGGUGUCUCUGAAAGACAAGCCAGCAGAUGUUUCCACAGAGGUGUUUCUUGCCAGCCUGUCCUCGCCCACUAAACCUGUGCCCAGCACCUCUGAUUCAUCAAAAGAAGCUGACUCUCUGUCCAACAGUGUCAGCUUGAGCCCAGAUAAACAGUCCAGUCCAGAUUCCACAACAGCUACUCUGUUGGACACUUCUGCCGAGGACAAACCUUCCACCACUUCAUCUAUCCCUGGAUUGUCCAGCCCAACAAGUAGUCCAAAACAGCCUUUUGCUGGUAUUUUAAAAAGCAGCUUAGAACAACCAAAACCAACUGAUGCAAAGAUGUCACCUCCUGAGCUUGAGGAUUUGGUUUCAGACAGGAAACAUUCUGAGCAACCAGACGCUCAGGAAGGGUCAAAAGACCGCAAAGAAGCUCCGCACUCAACGUCUGUGCCUAGCUCCUCAGAUCUGUCUCCAAAGGAAUUCCAACCUUUGAGAGACAUCCAAAGCAUCAAGACCAUUUCUUCCAACUGCAAGAGCAAAGACCCUCUGUCACCGCGUCCCUCUCUUCUCAACUCUCCCCCCUUAUUCCCUCCUGCUGCUCUCGGCCCACCACCUGCCCGGUUUCCUCCCCCAGGUCCUACAGUUCCAUUUCACCUCACCUCGCCACUGCCAAAUUUCUCCAAUCCCCCACCUUUUCUGCCACCACAAAUCUCGUCCAACAUGCGCUUCCCGCCACCAGGGCCUCCAGCCAUGUUGUUUCCCCAGAGUCGGACUCCUGCCCCUUCCUGGACUCCACCCGGCCCUCCCCUUCAGCCUGGCUUCCCCCCACCUCUCAACUUACUUGCGGUUCCACCAUUGCCUUUUGGGACUCCAAGGUUUCCCACCGAACCUGCGAAACCUACCCUCGUCUCGCCUAAAGAAAAAGGACCAGAUCAGCGUUAUCACGACCCCUGGGAAAGGCCACGGCGCUCGGAGGACAGCGGACCCAAGAAGCAAGAUCGGGAUCACCAUAGCCGAUCGAGGCAUCACUACGAGAAGAAAAGCAGGCACCACGACCGGGAUUACGAUCGAGAACGAGGAAAGCGCGAGCGGCGGAGCCGCAGCAGAACCAGGAGCAGAAGCCGGAGUCGGAGCAGAAGUAGAAGCCGCAGUCGGAGCAGAAGUCGGAGUCGAGACCGACACCACAGGGACCGGAGCAAGCACUCGAAGGAUGACCGCCAUUCGGACAGACGGAAAGAGAGACAUAGUGAUGAUUACAGUGGCCGUCACAAAGAUAAAGACAGGGACAAACACCGACGUGAUUCUGGACACGAGAAGGGAAAGAAGAGCUCAAGAGACAGACGUUCUUGAUUUUUACAAAUAUAAGCAAGAACUUCGCUUUAUGCCUUUUUCCUGACGAAAGCUUUUUUUAUUUUUCAGUACAAUAGAUCAAAUGUCUGUAGAGUUAUUGAUGUCCAAAACGUGCAGCUUUUUUUAAAACAGACUUGAAAGAAAGAAAAAAAAAAACAACAAAAAAUAUUUUUUAGGUUGAGUUACAGAUUUUAAACUUUCAUUUUAAUGGUUUUGCUUGCACUGACCACAUAGGCAACUGUGAUUGCUCAUAUCUACGAUACAGUCAACAAGUAACUUUCUUACUCUGCAUGAUUCAUCUAGAUGCAAGUGGUCAAAAUUAACACCACACUUCAAGAAAUCUACUACAAACAUGGAUUAUUUUUGCCAUUGAAGCAGUUUUUCCUCAACUGUUAUCUCUUUCUUGUUUGUAUUUUUAAAUGUCCCUUCCCGAAUGUCCUCUUCUUUUUUGUUUUUCGAAUUGUUUUGAGAUAAUUGUCUUUGUACAUUUUGGCUUGUCAUGCACAUUAGAAAUCAAGUGUGCAUUCAGCACCUUGUGUUUUCUGUACAGUUCAUAAUAAAGCUAAUCUUUUAUUGUUCAUAAAAA